AUGGCAGGGGGAAUAAUCGACACGAUCCGGUCCAUGCUGGACCGCGAGCGCAAUGUGCGGCUGGUGGCGAGCGACCCGGCGCUGACGGCCGAACUGCUGCUCUUGUUCCGCAUGAUCCUCGCCGAUGGCACCGUCACCGGCGAGGAGCUUGAUACGUUCAAACGCAUCUGCAGCGAGGCGUUCGGGCUCGAUCCGGAGGCGAUGGACGGUGUCUACCAGUAUCUUCACGAUUAUGCCUACGAGACCAGCGACAUCCAAUCCUCGGCGGUGUUUCUCGAUCUGCCGCUGGAGCGCCGCAAGGCGCUGCUCGACCACAUGAUCGCCAUCGCCGAAGCGGACCAUGCGAUCGACCAGAAGGAAAUGCGGCUUCUGGAACGCACCGCCGACAUGCUCGACUUCGAUCUCAAGGGCACGCCCACCGCCGAUGCCACGCGUGCGUGGCCGAACGGUGUCCGUCCGCGCCGACCCAAUCCGGGAGCGCCAGGGCGGGACUGCCGCGUGGAUCGCCCGUCGCUCGGUGCCGGGUCGGACCUGUUGGUGACGAACGCUCGAACCGACAGGAGACCGAUCCAUGACCCGCAUCCGCCUGCCCCUCGCCGCCGCAUUUUCGCUUGCCGCCACCGCCGCAUUCGGCCAUCCGGGCCACGUCGAGGAAGUGGCCGGCCAUACGCACUGGCUCGGCUGGGGCGCGGCCGCCGCCGCGCUGCUGGUCGUCGCCGGCGCGCUGGUUCUCGGCUAUCGCGCCGUCUUGCGGCGCAACCGCUGAUGUUCGACGGUGCCCCGGCGGGCAAGCGCUACGGCAUCAUGAUCUGCGGCCAUGGCAGCCGCAACCAGAAUGCGGUCGGCCAGUUCGCCCGGCUUGCCGAGCGGAUGCGCGAGCGCUUUCCCGACACGCCGGUCGAUUACGGUUAUCUGGAAUUCGCCAACCCGGUGAUCCAUCAGGGACUCGACGCGCUCAAGGCGCGCGGCGUCAACCAUGUGCUCGCCGUGCCGGGCAUGCUGUUCGCCGCCGGUCACGCCAAGAACGACAUCCCGUCGGUUCUGAACACCUAUCAGGCGCAGAACCGCGACAUCGUUGUCGAUUACGGCCGCGAACUGGGCAUCGAUCUGCGCAUGAUCCGGGCCGCCGGCGCGCGGAUCGAAGAAGCGCUUGCCGCCCAUGGCUGGCAAAAGGGCGAUCCGCUGCACGACACGAUGCUGGUCGUUGUCGGCCGUGGCGCGUCGGACCCCGACGCCAACUCCAACGUCGCCAAGGUGAUGCGCAUGCUCUGGGAAGGCAUGGGGUUCGGCUGGGGCGAAACCGCCUAUUCGGGCGUGACGUUCCCGCUCGUCCAGCCGGCGCUCGAACAUGCGGCCAAGCUCGGCUACCGGCGCAUUGUCGUCUUUCCCUAUUUCCUGUUCACCGGCGUUCUGGUCAAGCGCAUCUACAGCCAUACCGAUGCCGUGGCCGCCGCUCAUCCGGAGAUCGAGUUCAUCAAGGCGGGCUAUCUGAACGAUCAUGGGUUGGUGAUCGACACGAUGGUCGAGCGGGUACGCGAGAUCGUCGAAGGCACCAACAACAUGAACUGCCAGAUGUGCAAAUAUCGCGAACAGGUUCUGGGGUUCGAGGCGGAAGUGGGGCUGGCGCAGGAAAGCCACCAUCAUCACGUCGAAGGGGUCGGCGGCGCGCCGGAAAACUGUCCCUGCAAUGGCGAUUGCGAUGCGCGGUGCCGUGACGAGGCGUUCUGCAAGGAGCAUGGCCUGCCCUGGACGCCGCAUGGAUCAGGCGAAGGCGGGCCGAUGAUCGACUAUGUCCGGGCGCCCGAGGCCAUCUAUGAGCGCUCGUUCGCGGAGAUUUCGCGGAUCGAUGCGCUUGCGGCGCUGCCCGAGGCCAUCCGUCCCGUCGCCACGCGCAUCGUUCAUGCCUGCGGCAUGCCCGACGUGCUCGACGAUCUGCGCUUCAGCGACGACAUGGUCGAGCGGACGCGCGCGGCGCUGGAUGCGGGUGCGGACAUCUAUUGCGAUGUGGAAACGCUGCGCCAUGGCGUCAUGCGGCACCUUCUGCCCGAUGGCUGCGCGUUGCAUUGCCGGAUAUCGGCGCCGGACGUUGCAGCCCAUGCAAGGCAGCACAAGAUGACCCGCGCGGGCGCGCAGGUCGAUCUGUGGGGUGACCGGCUGGAAGGCCAGGUCAUGGCGAUCGGCAAUGCGCCGACGACCCUGUUCCGGCUCAUGGAACUGAUCGACCGGGGUGCCGUGGGCCGGCCAGCGGUGGUGAUCGCUUUUCCGGUCGGGUUCGUCGGCGCCGCCGAAAGCAAGGAUGAACUGGUGCGCGACCCGCGCGGCAUGGCUUAUCUGACGCUUUGCGGCAAGCGCGGCGGCACGGCGAUGGCGCAAGCCGCGGUGAUCGGCAUCGGCGAGGAUGGCAUGGACGGGCUGUCGCCGGCGGCGCGGCGCCUGGUCGAGGAUGCCGAGGUGAUCAUCGGCGGCGACCGGCAUCAUGAUCUGAUCUUCAACAAUCUGGCCCAGCGGAUUUCCUGGCCGUCGCCGUUCGACGCGAUGAUCGAGACGAUCCGCGGGCAGAAGGGCAAGCGGGUCGCCGUGCUCGUGACCGGCGAUCCGCUCUGGUACUCGGUCGGCGCGCGGCUUCUGAAGGCGAUCGAUGCGUCCGAGAUCGUCUUUCACCCGCAAUUGUCGGCGUUCCAGCUUGCCGCUUGCCGCAUGGGCUGGUCGAUCCCCGAUGUCGAGACGCUGACCGUGCACGGACGGGCGGCGGAACAGAUCGUGCCGUUCUUCGCGCCGGGAUCGCGGCUGCUGGUCCUGACCAAGGAUGCGACAUCGCCCGGUACCAUCGCGGCGCUUCUGGCCGAGCGCGGCUAUGGCGCCUCGACCAUGACGGCGCUCGCCGCGAUGGGCGGUCCGGACGAGGCAAUCAUGCAUGGUUCCGCCGAGCAUCCGCCGAAGGGCGUGCCGGAUUUUCAUACGCUUGCCAUCGAAUGCAUUGCCGGGCCGGAUGCGGUGAUCCAUCCGCGCACGGGCCUGCCGGACGAUGCCUUUGCCCAUGACGGCAAGAUGACCAAGCGCACCGCGCGGGCACUGGCGCUGGCCAAGCUGGCGCCGCAUCGGGGCGCGCUUUUGUGGGAUGUGGGCGCGGGGUGCGGCUCGAUCGGCAUCGAAUGGAUGCGCGCGGCGCCCGAAGCGCGUGCGAUCGGCAUCGAACCCAAGGCCGAGCGGCGUGCGAUGGCGGCACAAAACGCGCUGACGCUCGGCACGCCCAAGCUCGAACUGAUCGACGGCGAGGCGCCGGCUGCGCUUGAAGCGCUGGACCCGCCCGAUGCGGUGUUCGUCGGCGGCGGCGUGUCGCGGCAGACGAUCGGCGCAUGCAUGGUCGCGCUCAAGCCGCUGGGCCGGCUCGUCGCCCAUGCGGUGACGCUGGAUAGCGAAGCGGUUUUGCAGGCGGCCUAUGGCCAGUUCUCCGGGAUGGAAGCCGGCCAUGCCGGUCACGCAAUGGUCGUGGGUCAAGAAGCCGUGACGACGGGCACGCUCUAUGGCAUCGGCGUCGGCCCCGGCGCGCCAGACCUGAUCACGCUACGCGCCUGGCGGCUUUUGACCGGGGUUCCGGUGAUCGCCUGGCCGGCGCCGGGCGAUGGCGACAGCUUCGCCCGGUCCAUCGUCGCCGGCUGCAUCCGUGCCGAUCAUGUCGAGAUCCCGAUCCGCGUGCCGAUGCGCACCGAGCGCUUUCCGGCGGCCGGGGUCUAUGACGCCGCGGCUGUCGAGAUCGCCGCCCACCUCGAUGCCGGCCGCGACGUGGCGGUCCUGUGCGAGGGAGACCCGUUCUUUUUCGGCUCGUUCAUGUAUCUGUUCCAGCGCCUGUCGGACCGCUAUCCGUUUGAGAUCGUACCGGGUGUGUCUUCGGUGAUGGCGGGCGGGGCGGCGAUCGCCCGGCCGCUGGCGGCACGCAAUGAGGUGUUCAGCGUGAUCCCGGCGCCGCUCGGCGAUGACCGGAUCGAAGCGCAGCUUGCCGCGUGCGAUGCCGCCGCGAUCAUCAAGGUCGGACGGCAUCUCGGCCGCAUGAGGGCGCUGCUCGACCGCUGCGGGCUGACCGCGCAAAGCUGCUAUGCCGAGCGGCUGACGCUCGAGACCCAGAAGCUGGCCCGGCUCGACGACAUGCCGGGCGAUGCGGCGCCCUAUUUCUCGAUGAUCCUCGUCUACAAGGGCGACGAGGCCUGGCCGUCGCCGGUGCUGGAGGUUGCCGAAUCUGUCGGCGGCGCGGUGCAUGGCGCGCGCAAGCGCGUGCGCGCCGACAGGGCCGAUCUGCUUUUCGACGAUGCGGGCGAUCAUCUGCGCGCGCUUUACCGCGAUAGCCGGCCGCUUGUCGCGGUGAUGGCGGCCGGGGCGCUGGUGCGGCUGCUGGCACCGGUGCUUGCGGACAAGAAGGCGGAGCCGCCGGUGAUCGCCAUUGCCGACGAUGGCAGUGCGGUCGUGCCGCUUCUGGGCGGGCAUCGCGGCGCCAACGAUCUGGCGCGCAAGGCCGCCGAUGCGCUCGGCAUCAAGGCCGCGAUCACGACGGCGGGCGAUGUCCGGUUCGGCGUCGCGCUCGAUGCGCCGCCCGAGGGUUAUGUGCUGGCCAACCCGGCCCAUGCAGCCGGGUUCAUGGCCGAUCUGGUGGCGGGUCACAGCGUGGCGCUGGACGGCGCGGCGGACUGGCUGACGGGCUCCGGCCUGCCGAUCGCGGCCGAUGCCGACCGACGCAUCGCCGUCACCGACAAGGCCGAUCCGGACGCCGCGGACCGGCUCGUCUAUCAUCCAAGGCAUCUGGCGCUGGGAAUCGGCUGCGAGCGCGGCUGCGAUCCCGACGAAGCCCUCUCGCUGGCGCGCGCUACACUUGCCGGGGCCGGCUUUGCAGAAGCCUCGGUGGGCGUGAUCGUCUCGCUCGAUGUGAAGGCGGACGAGGCGGCGGUGCACGCGGUGGCCGGCCAUUUCGGCGUUCCGGCGCGGUUCUUCGACGCGGCCACGCUCGACGCGGAGACGCCGCGCCUGGCCAAUCCCUCCGACAUCGUCUUUGCCGAGGUUGGCUGCCAUGGCGUGGCCGAGGGUGCGGCGCUGGCGGCGGCGGGGCCGGAUGGCGCACUCGUGAUCGAGAAGCGCAAGAGCGCGCGGGCGACCUGUGCGGUCGGCAGGGCGCCGGAACCUUUCACGCCGGGCCAUUUGCCGGGGCGGGCGAGGGGCCAUCUGGCCGUGGUCGGUAUCGGGCCGGGGGGAGAUGGCUGGCGGUCGCCCGAGGUCACGGCCAUGGUGCGCCGUGCGAGCGAUCUGGUGGGCUAUUCGCUCUAUCUGGACCUGCUCGGCACGCUGGCGGAUGGCAAGGCGCGGCACGAUUUCGAUCUUGGUCGCGAGGAGGAUCGCGUCCGCCACGCGAUGGAACUGGCCGGGCAGGGCCGCGACGUGGCGCUGGUCUGCUCCGGCGAUGCGGGCAUCUAUGCGAUGGCGACACUGGUCUUCGAACUGCUCGACCGGGGCGGACUGAGCGACGGCGCGACGCGCAUCGGCAUUGAUGUCGCGCCCGGCAUCUCGGCUCUUCAGGCCGCCGCCGCCCGCGCGGGCGCGCCGCUCGGCCAUGAUUUCUGCACCAUCUCGCUGUCGGACCUUCUGACGCCGUGGGAGGACAUUCAGCGCCGGGUGCGCGCGGCGGGCGAGGGCGAUUUCGUCGUCGCCUUCUACAAUCCCGUCUCGAAGAAGCGGCGCACCCAGCUUGCCUGGGCGCGCGACGAACUGCUGCGUCAUCGGCCGGCGGAUACGCCGGUCAUCCUGGCGACCAAUCUGGGGCGCCCCGGCGAAGCCGUGCGCAUGGUGCCGCUCGCCGAAUUGCAGGUGGACGAUGUGGACAUGCUGACCGUGGUGAUCGUCGGCUCGUCCGAUACGCGCACGGUCGGCACGGGAGACGGGCGCCGAUGGGCCUAUACGCCGCGCGGCUAUGCGGGCAAGCGCGGCGCGCAGCUGAUCGAACGCUGCCCGGUCUGCCUAUAUGCCGGAUCGCUGGUGCCGCCCGAGAUCGUUGCGGCCGCCCCGGAGGGCGCGCGUGUCCUCGACACGGCGCCGAUGCAUCUCGACCAGAUCGUCGCCGAGAUCGAAGCGGCCCAUGCAGAGGGGAAGGACGUGGCGCGCGUGCAUUCGGGCGAUCCGUCCAUCUAUGGCGCGACGGCCGAACAGAUGCGGCGGCUGGAGGCGCUGUCGAUCCCCUAUGAAGUGGUGCCCGGCGUGCCUGCGUUCGCGGCUGCCGCGGCUGCGCUGAAGACCGAGUUGACCCUGCCCGAAAUCGCCCAGACCGUGAUCGCGACGCGCACUGGCAUGAAAGCGUCGUCCAUGCCCGAGGGCGAGCAGCUUGAAGUCCUCGGCCAGUCGGGCGCGACGCUCGCCAUCCAUCUGUCGAUCCGCAAUCUCGAUUACAUCCGCCGGGCGCUGGAGCCGCACUACGGCGCGGACUGUCCCGUGGUGAUCGCCUAUCGCGCGACCUGGCCGGACGAACUCUAUAUCCGCACCACGCUGGCCGGGAUGAAGGCGCAGGUGCGCGCGGCAAAGAUCACGCGGACGGCGCUGGUGCUGGUCGGCCCGGUGUUCGGCAAGACAGAAUUCCGCGACAGCGAUCUCUACAAUGCCGAUUUCGCCCAUGUGCUGCGCAACAGGGGCAAGAAGGCCAAGGCGGGCUGA